AUGAAUGGGAAAAACCAACCCUCAGAUUCAGGCUCAUCUGAACUCUGCAGCCCUGUGGGGUCCCCUGGUGAGGAGAUGCUGACAGAGCUGGGGUCUUGUCUGCUGCUGGCUGUGGCACUGCUGGGCCCAGGCCCCAGGGCCCAGGCCAUGAAAGGUGUCAAGUGUGGGGGUGUGCUCUCAGCACCUUCUGGAAACUUCUCCAGCCCCAACUUCCCGAGUCUGUACCCCUACAACACGGAGUGCAGCUGGCUGAUUGUGGUGGCCGAGGGGUCCUCUGUGCUGCUCACCUUCCACACCUUUGACCUGGAGUACCAUGACACCUGUGGCUUUGACUUCCUGGAAAUCUACAACGGGGCCUCUGGAGACAAGGGCAAUCUACUGGGGAGGUUCUGUGGCCAGGUGCCCCCACCUCCCUUCACCUCCUCCUGGCACGUCAUGGCUGUCGUCUUCCAUUCUGACAAGCAUGUGGCCAGCCGUGGCUUUUCUGCAGGCUACCAGAAAGAUGUGUGCGGUGGCGUCUUGACUGGUCUAUCAGGGGUCCUCACCAGCCCUGAGUACCCCAACAACUACCCCAACAACGUGGAAUGCCACUGGGUGAUCCGGGCUGCAGGGCCUGCCACCAUCAAGCUGGAGUUUGUGGACUUCCAGGUGGAGGGCAACGAGGAGUGCACCUAUGACUACGUGGCAGUGUUGGGGGGGCCUGGUCCUGCCCAUGGGCACCAUUUCUGUGGUGGCACCAGGCCCCCCACCCUCGUGUCAUUGGGCCACGAGCUGCAGGUGGUCUUCAAGUCCGACUUUAACAUUGGAGGCCGGGGCUUCAAGGCCCAUUACUUCUCAGGAGAAUGCCAGGAGGUGUACAUGGCUGUGCGAGGCAACUUCUCCAGCCCUCAAUACCCCAGUUCCUACCCCAACAAUAUCCGGUGCCACUGGACCAUCCGCCUGCCUCCUGGCUACCGGGUCAAGGUGUUCUUCCUGGAUCUGGACCUGGAGGAGCCCAACAGCCUGACCAGGACCUGUGACUUCGACCAUCUGGCAGCCUUUGAUGGGGCCAGUGAGGAGGCACCCCAGCUGGGAAACUGGUGUGGCCACCAUCUGCCACCACCCAUCACCUCAAGCCACAACCAGCUCCUGCUUCUGCUGCACACGGACCGCAGCAGCACCGGCAGGGGCUUCUCUGUGGCCUACAUUGGAGUGGUGCCCAUGAACGUGAGCUGCUCACGCACGGACUUCCAGAUCCUGAUCUCGGCUCAAGUGCUGGCCCCACUGGAGCGGACCAAGGUCUACCUAGGUAGCCGAAACUGUGCUGCCCAGGAGGUCGGCAACAACUUCCGGAUCCAGGCCCGCUUUGACACCUGUGGCACUGAAUCUCAGAGGAGAAACAACACCUCGGUGAUCGUCAGUGUGCUAUACAUCGACUUCUCAGCCCCUGGGCUGGAGGACAUCCAUGAGUACGAGGUCCGCUGUGAGCCGCGGCGCAAGGAGGCUUCUGUGCACCUGCUGUCCGGCUCUGACUGGCUUGGACCUUAUGCUGCCACUGCUGAGCACCUUCAGGAGGCACCCCCCAGGGAGGAGGUAGAGGCGCUGGAGGGCCCAGUGACCAUGGUGGCCCAGGACACCAGUGACAUCGUGUUCCUGGGCUUUUGCAUCCUGGCUGGAGUCCUCAUGAUCACUGCUAUCGUGGUCCUGAUGCUGCUGUGAGCAGGCAGGACAGGGGCUUGCAUCUGGCAUCCCUAGAAGGCAGUCGACUUGUUGGUGACCAAGAGCAAGUCAGGUCCUUCUCUGAGCCUCCAUUUCCUAGGGACCACCCCCCUGCCUUGCUAUCUCACAGUGCUGGCGUGAGGCUCAGAACAUGAAUGGAGAAGGGCUUUGUAAACUGCAGCCUGCCGAGUGUGGGCCCAAUUGUGGUUAUGAUUAAGGUUAAAAAUAUUCUGCUCCAGAAAAGGACUCUCCUGUGUGUGUCACUUGUCGGCUUGGACAGCUGUCGUCACUGGUGGUAGUGUGGGUACCAUGGACACAUUCUGUGACUUGUAUAAGUGCUUCACUAACUCGGGGCACCAUUCAUUGCUCACCCCAAGCCUUCACUAGGAGGAAGUCCACUGUCUCUCCAAGGCUUCCAGCCUCCUAAAUUGACCCGGGUACCUCAAGACCUCAUCUAAGCCAGCUCUGCCUCCAAACUCCAGGGACAGGGAAGGGGAGCCAAAAUCCCAUCUAGUACUGGUAUUUCAGCCCUGCCAUAUGAUGUGGGGUUAAAGGCGGGCCCUGCACAUCCUGCUGGAUGCUGGUCAACCCAGGUGGUGGUGGCCUGCUGGGUCAGUUCCAGUGGAAACCACAGCAGACCCAGCACUGUGCUCAGGAGGAGCGCAGGAUAGAGAUUGAGGACAGGUGUUUCUUGUGAUCUUUCACCAAAAAGCUCACUGAAGUCCGGUGUGUGUCUGUCCUCGCCCCUAAUCCUGAGCUCAGAUCACUAGUCCAUCCUCGUCCUCAGAUGAGUUCUCUUGUCGGCCUCUGUAACUUCUUUGGGCUUCUUCACUCAGAGCCUCUACCAUUCAUAUCUAACUUAGAAAGAAGAUGUAAACUUCUUUCUCAACUUAUAUCACAGGGAUCAGAAUCCCAACCCUUCCUAGUGGGAUGACCUCUGGGAUUAUUAUGCAAAUCAACCCACCUUUU